GUACCAGACAAAUAAGUCAGAGAAAGCAUAGUUGAAGCUAAUUGUUAUGUUUAAUUGCAACGUAGAGAUAUUAGUGCCGGGUAAUCUCGUACACAAACGCGCAAGAAAGUUGCAGGGGGGAUUGUCCCCACGGCAGCUGACUUGGUAAAGCACCACACGCUUAAUGCAAAGACGGGGUGCUCGGUCCCUAUCGGCGGCAAGUUAUCUUUUUGUGCCCUUUCAUUUCCCUUAAUGUUAUUUCUUCGUCAUUUUAAUUCAACACGACAACUACUUUCUCCUAUGCUUUCUCUGACUUAAUUAAUCGUCUGUUUCUUCAUAUGGAUGCGCCUUAAAAAAAAAAAAAUCGGGCCCCUCGGUUCCUCUUACUCCACUUGCUCAUCAAAAGCGGGGCACACAGGAGGACAGGAAUGCCGACUAGCGUCCAUGUCAGCCUCAGUAAACGCGGCGACACGGCACCCUUUCUUUUCCCGCUACUGUUUGCUCAGACGAGUGAUGUUCCCUCGAAAAAACAAGUUAAAGAUAAGGACUUCCAGCUCACACUACACGUUUGUCGUCUCUUCGACUCGUGGGUUGGAGCUGCGACUAUGUACUCAGGUGCCGUUCAGCUGCGCCUCGUAGAAACAAGAGGAAGCAAAAAUCGACGAACGACAAUCGCAAGCACUAGCGAAAUCAUAAUAAUGGCCAUUCCACGACCAAGUAUGGCGACAGUUACAUGCCGCGAACAUUAAGUCCAUAUACGACUGUCCGGAAAGUUGGCCGCACCUUGGAUGCAUCGUGUGGGCCACGCAUCCGCAUUCCGUUCGUGUUGAGAUCACGAACCACAAAACGAGCCGAGCUUCUACGUGGAACGGCUGCCCGGUGGUAGGCGCCAUGUUUCGUGGCCCCCUCCCGGAACGGAGCUGGUCUUUCCUGGUUGCAACAUUAUUAGUGGCCUGCGCCACAACUCCCAGCAGUGAAAAAAGCCUCUGCAACACGACACCCGACGAGUCGACCAUGCUGCAGGUAAUCAAGCCAGUUGCCAGGACAGUCUUUGUCUGCGUAGACGAAGUCCUCCUGGCCUACAAAAUUCGUGGAGAAUUCGCGAGCGCGGUGCUACAGUUAUUUUGUCAGCAGUACUACAACUGCGUUGGAAAAUUCAUGGGGAAAAAAGCUACUAAGGAAGGCCGGAACGAAUCCCUUCACUGCAUGAUACAGUACAUGGAGCAGAACCUCCCACCUGACCUGCCUACCGGCGACCACGAGCCGCAAGCACUGGUGGCGCCGUUUAUGGCCUGCUUCAUGAGGCGCCUCGACCUCCCAUGGGAAAACGAGAAAAAAGCCAACGCAGUGAUCCACUGGUUCUACGAGAUCGUACGCCCCUGAAAGUUUCCGUGCAGAAAGGAUCGAUUAAUUAAAUGAAUUAUUUCGUUUCUGUAGAUACUGAGAAAGUGUGCAAAUGGGUCUUGCUGCUGCUGUAGAUUUAUUUAACAGUCUCAAUAAAAGGAGUAAUAUUGUUAUGUGGAA